UUUAAAUCUGUUUUCUGAUGGUUAAUCCAUGAAUGGCAUGGUCUUAAUCUUCUCGUCCUGUAAUGAGACAUUAAAACCCAAAGAGAGUGUUUUCACAGAUGACUUCCAACACACGCUGUACAGUACGACUGCUCCGAGCACCCUGAAAACUAUAAUACACCACUGUUUUCUUUUGGCAUGGACCCACGAGGACACCUCCAAAAGAUGUCAAUAGUUGGUGACCAAGCAAAUUUGGAAGGAAAGCACCUGUAUCAACUGCCUGGGUGUAUGUCUGCGGCAGAAAUACGUCAAAGGCAAGAAAUGAUAAUGAGGAAUCAAAUGAUGUCUGUAAACCCACAGGUUAUGAUGUCAGCCCAGCAGAGAACGCCUCUAAUACCAUCACAGUUUGACCCUCGUUUGCUGGAAAGAGAUUUGCUGCCAUCAACUGAUCUUAUUAUCCCUAAUGACUCGAGACAAGUUCAUAUGGCUUCACUUCCAACACACGCGGGUCUUCUAGCAAACAGAGCAUUUUCAGGCCAAGGGUACAGUUUCUUACAGACAGAACCAUUAGAUUUUGUGGCAAGGAGGCAGGAACUCUUACAGAAACAAAAUGUGACCCGAAUGGAAAUGGAAAUGAAUGCCAUUUAUCAACCACGAGAAAUUGACAAAGCGCACAGGAAGGGAUUUGUGGAAAUUGAGUCACCAUUUCUCUACCACGGAAUUGCAAAUCCUGUAGCCUUCAGAGGGAGACAAAUGAUUCCAGACGGUCAUCUACACUCAGAUGUACUUGUCUACCGCAACGCCUUGGAAAGUAUACAUGGCAAUACAAUGUUGAAACCCUCAAGCCCAUAUCCGAACAUAAACCACCUCCAUAGAGAAAGAGUCCGCAGACCUGCUAGAAGAGCCACUAACCAAAAGACUGCAGAUAGCACUAUAUGUGUCUCCAAAAGUCAGGCCGAUAACAAGCUCCAGUCGCCACCUGUGACUACCGAGGAUGACAAAGAUGACAAGAAAGAGGAAGAUACCGAGAUAUUUGGCAAAAUCGACCAAAGCAAAGUAGCUGUAGAUUCUACGAUGGACAAAAACUCUAUGGAACUUCAUGAAAACCAAGAUAAACAUAAUAGCAAUAACAACAUGACCAGAGAGAGGAACAGUAGCUGCAAUGGGAACGACAAGGAGUUAGGUAAUACAAGUACAGCAUUUGAAGACAGAUACAUCUACCAGCCUCCAGUUCAUCUAUCAGCAACACCAUACAGUUUUCCAGUGUCUAUUAACUCCCCAAUAAUUUCAGAACACAGUAUAUUUUUCAACAGAGAAGAUAUACCAGCACUUCAGGAUAUCUGUAAAUGGACCUCUCAAGAUGUAUAUAAUUUUAUAAGUAACCUGCCAGGCUGUUCAAAUUACGCACAGGUUUUUAAGGACCAUGAUAUUGAUGGAGUAACACUACCCUUACUGACUGAGGAACAUCUCUUGGAUACAAUGGGUUUAAAGCUUGGACCAGCACUCAAAAUCCGUUCACAGAUCUCGUGCCGUUUGGGAAACAUAUUUCACAUGGCGAAUCUUCCAAUAACAGGACCUAUGCCAUCCACUGCCCAAGUGUCAACAGACCAGCCAACGGAUGUAUUAUCACCCCUUCAAUGCAACAACAGCAACAUGGCUCCAAGUCCCUGUCCAAAGGAUUUAGAUAUUCUGAAGACUACAGAAUCAAUGACAUCCGAAACAAAGGAGAACUCCUGCGAUUUACCUUUGACACAAAAUGAAUUUCAGAUGAACUAUCUCAAAGGUUGAGUGGCUAUGACAGCAAAAUGGAAGAGUUUGUAGUAGUAAAUAUUGUUCAAUAUCUGUUUUGCACUGCCUCAUAGUUACACAGAGAAAUGUACCUACAUAAAAAGAGAUAAUAUGUAAGACGGCCUUCUCUGGAAUGUAAUAAAAUGUCCAUCUAUAUUUAGUAAACAGACAAUGCAGAUGAUUCGCUUA